UCAGCGAAGAGAGGCUACACAAGGUCCUAAAGAUGGCGGCCGCAACAAAAAAGUCACGUGACUGAAACCCAUGAAUAUUUGCAUUUAAACAGGAAGAGUUCAAGUCUCUAGAUUUAUGACUUGAUCACUCACAUGGUGAACACAAGCUAAAUAUUAAAUUAGCUAUUUAGAGAAGUAGACUCUUUAUAUAAUUUAUUUUUCAUACCUUGAUAUAAAAACCAUGAUAAUUAAUUUGCAGUUUCUAUUUGAGGACAAUAAACAGAUUGUAGAAGAAAGGACCAACUCCAAAUCUGAUGAGUGGAUCCCCUCAAGUUUCUGACUCUGUUGAUCCAUUGCUCAGUGGUAUGGAUCACAAUCUUACCAUUGUAUUAUUUGGAAACUCUGCUGCGGCCCAGUUUCAGCAUGAUAAUAUUCUACUUGGAGAAAUACAACCAGAUAUUGAAAAUGUAGAAGCAUCCCGGAUUGUUCCUUUGCAGAUGAAGAUAUCAGGAUGUCACAUCUCCGUGAUCAGUCUGAUUGGCUUACAUGAAACUGCAUUUAACCCGCAUCCCCUCAUUGGUCAACUAGUGAAUGACAAUGAAAUCAACGCCUUCAUCUUUGUUGUGCGACUGGGCCAGUUAACAGAUUCUGAUAAGAUGGGUCUUGAGUGGCUUCAGAGAGUGUUUGGUGAUGAAGUUCUUCAGUUUGUGGUGAUUCUCUUCACCUAUGAGAGCGAGGAAGAGUCUGACUCUAUAAUAGAUGAUCUGAAGAAAAAUUCUACUCUGGAGCAGCUGACUGAGAAAUGUGGUGGAAGAUAUCACACCUGUAGCAAGAACAUGAACAGCCAGUCAGAGAUGAGAGAUCUACUUAACAGAAUUGAGAAUCUGUUUAUUGAGAAUAAACAGCAGAGCUACACUAGUGAGAUGUACAAUACUGCGUUAAGAGAGAGAGAAGACCUGCAAAACAGGAUAACAAAAAAUCAGCCCACAAUAACCGAGGAGAGCAUGGAAUUCACCACAACUAAAGAGACAGGAGAGAGACUUGAGCCAAAAGUGGACAAACAUUCAGAAGAUGGUGCAAGACUGAAUCAAAGCAAAGGAAGUGGAAUCAGUGAAAACAUACAGCAUCUACUUCAAAUACUUAAUAACAAGAAUCAAAGUAAACUAAGAGCUGCAGAUGUUCUUCAGUUGACUGCACAUUCUUUACAGUAUCAUGAGUCUUGUGCUGAGAAGGACCUUAUUCAGACUUUCCUACAAAAACUACUGAUGAUGAACUACAGAGCCAGAUAUAUUAAAACGAAUGAGACCAAUAAACAGCAAGAUGGACAACAAGGAAGCACUGACAUAUUUGAAGAUGAAGAUGAUGUCGAUAUUUUCAGCGAAAUGCCUUUGUUUACUGAAGGGAUAAGCAGGAAAGAUGCUAUUCACCCGAUGGAUGUUCAGAUGGCUGUGUUUCAUUGUGCUGAUAGUUUCCUCAAGCAGCUGAUGGUGACUAAACUGUCUCAGUGUCAGUACGCUCUGCCUCUGCUUGUUCCUGAUCCAUUUACACAAGAGAUUGAGUUUCCUCUCUGGACAUUCAGACAAAUAAACAAGAGCUGGAAGAUGAAAGAUACCAAAAAUGAAAUCAGUCAAAUACAGCCUGUCUGGAAGACAGAAACACCAAUGGUGUCUUUCUUCAGGUUUGGUUCGGUGUCCUUAUCCAAAUCUCAGCUGUUGAACAGUUUGAUCAAUGAGAAACACAACACGUUCUUCCACAGGCAUUGCCCAGGCAGCAGCAAAACAAGAGUAUUGAUGGAUGGAGUGGUGGAGAUCGCCUGGUACUGCCCCUCUGGGAAAGAAACGGAUAAAUUUACUCAGUGUAUUUCGCUCUGUAACCUUCAUGGUGAUGCAGGAAACAAUAAGAGACAGCUGCAGAUCCUCACUGAAAUGGGUUCAGUCAAUGUUGUUAUUCUACCACGACUUGACAGAAAUGACAAGAGUGCAACACAGAUGCAAAACCUGUACAAGGACAAAAAGCCACUUAUCUGUCUUUUUACAGAGGAUGAAUAUAGUGUAAUUGAGACAAGAAAAUGGAAAUACAAAAUUGGAUUAAAAGGCAGAAAUCAAUCAGAUGUAUCUGAAGAGCUCAUACAAACUAUAAAUAAAUGCCUCUCAUUCUUACUGUCAGAAUCGUCUUCUGUUUUCAAACUUGAAGAUGUGUCCAAACAGUUAGGUAUCAGAGUAGAUGAGGAUCAUGACCAUGAUUGCAGAAGAGGAAAAGAAGCAGCCCAGCAGAUGAUGGGUUUACUGAAGGAUAAAAAUCCGACAGAAAUCAAAGAGUCAUUUCUGCCCUGUCAGGGAAAACUGUGGCAUCAGUGGUGUGAAAAGAACAAAGAACUACAUCGAUUCGAGGGAAAUGAAAUAGAAAUUGAAAUAAAUGUAAUAAAACAAGAGAUGAAGAAAAUCCGUAAACAGCAGCAUGUUCUGGACAUUGGUGACUUCAUGAAGUUGUUUAUUACAGAAAUUAAUUCACAAUCUCCAAAUGAGAAGGUAUUUUUUUUUAAAUGGCUCACAAUCCUCCUGGAUGAAUACACUUCAGCUGACCUUUCUGCUCUACAUUACAAGUAUGAUGAAAAGUGGUCAGAAGUUUUAAAACUGAAAGAGAAAAAUGAAAUAACCGAGGAACAGAUAAAAACUAAUUUUACAGAUGAACAAACAGAACUUGAUAGGAUAUCAAAAGAACUUCAAGCUGCAACUUUUGGCUUGGAGCACAUUCUGAGGGAGAUCGGUCAGAUCUAUGAAUCAUGUAAAUCAGAGGAUAAGAACAAGGAAGGCCUGCCGUGUGAUUUUUCUUCUCUCCCGAGUCUUGCAGCAGAGAUGAUGAUCUCUGGAUUUCCAGUGGAGCUGAUGGAUGGAGAUGCUGCUCAUGUUCCUGUGGUCUGGGUUACUGCUGUUCUACAUGAACUCAUCCAGAAACUGGGAGACAAAAAAGUAUUUGUGCUGUCAGUUUUAGGGAUCCAGAGCUCUGGGAAAUCCACUAUGCUGAACGCCAUGUUUGGACUCCAGUUUGCUGUCAGUGCUGGUAGAUGCACCAGAGGAGCUUUCAUGCAGCUGGUCAGAGUAUCAGAGGAGAUGAAAGAACAUCUGAAGUUUGACUUCAUUCUGGUUGUUGAUACUGAGGGACUUCAUGCACUAGAACUAUCUGGAAGGUCAACAAGACAUCAGGACAAUGAAAUGGCUACAUUUGUUGUUGGUAUUGGUAAUCUGACAUUAAUAAAUAUCUUUGGAGAAAGCCCAUCAGAGCUGCAGGACAUUCUUCAGAUCGUUGUUCAGGCCUUCAUGAGGAUGAAGAAAGUUAAUCUGUCUCCCAGCUGCGUGUUUGUUCAUCAGAACGUUUCAGACGUCACAGCUGGAGAGAAAAACAUGGACGGAAGGAGACGGUUGCAGGAGACACUUGAUGAAAUGACAAAACUUGCUGCUAAAGAUGAAAUCUGUGAUGCACAAUGUUUCAGUGAUGUCAUUAAUUUUGAUAUUCGGAAAGAUGUGAAAUAUUUUGCACAGCUGUGGGAGGGAAGCCCACCCAUGGCACCACCAAACCCACCAUACUGUGAAAACAUCCAAGAGUUACAGGAAACAUUUUUAAGCCAUGCAUCAAAAUCAGAUGGCUUACAGCUGACACACCUAAAAGGUCGUAUUGAUGAUCUCUGGGAGGCUUUACUGAAUGAACGAUUUGUGUUCAGCUUCAGAAAUUCUCUGGAAAUUGCAACAUACCGAAAACUAGAGACUGAAUACAGCAAGUGGUCCUGGAGUCUCCGCAGAACUAUGCUGGAUAUAGAGAACAAACUCUACAACAACAUAGAAAAUGAAACAAUUGAUGAGGUUUCAGAAAGUCAUCUUCAAGAAAAUCUAAAAGGGAAAAGUGGAGAGGUAGAAAGAUUAAUGUCAGAAUUCUUUGAGAAGGACAAAGAUAAAGAUACCCUGAUACAGUGGAAAGCAUCGUUUGACAUCAAAAUCAAAGAGCUAACGGAAAGCAUUGUGAGAGAAACAAAAAAGAAAUUAAAUGAGAUUCUUCAACAGCGAGAUAUAAAGAAAAAAAUUGAUGCUCAGAGGACACGUCAUGAAAAUACUCUCUUGGAAAAGAGCAAAGAACUUGCAAUCAAACUUAAAGACAAAGCAAAUGAUGAAGCAAUCCUGAAAAAAGAGUUUGAUACCUUUUGGAAAGAGUGUGCUAAUAUGAUUACCAGAGAAACUCCUGCAGUCAAACAGAUUGAUGUUUUAAAAGACAUGAAACAACUUCUCAGUGAUAUCUAUAAAAGUGUUCCAUCAGACUCCUGGUCAGACAGCAGGGAUAUUUUCUCUGUACCAAGUUAUUCAGAUUAUGUUCAGUUAAAUAAAUCCAGUGUUAUUACAGGACAUGCUGAAAAUCCCAUCAAGCCAGCUAAAGAGAAGUUUGGUUACUCAUUGACUACAGAGGAUGAAACCCAAAUAAGAACCUUAGUCAAUGACAUUGCCCAACAUGCAGACAACAUGAUCAUGUCGUAUAACAUUACAAAGAUGGGCUACAACAAAACCUACAUUCAGGAACUUGCAGGUUAUAUCAAAGCAAGAGUAGUAGAUUAUGAGCAAGGUUCCAGGAACUAUGUGUUCACAAAUGAAUUUUCUAUGAAUUUGGUCAUUUCCAUCUGUAAGAGAGAAAACAAGGUAAUAACUGAACAACACAGAAGAUUCAGAGAAGCCAAUGAUCCUGUUUUCUACUUUGAACAGAAGAGCGAAGAGUACUAUAGUAUUUUUCAGAAAUACUGUCAAGGUGCAACAUCAACUGCCAUUUUUGGUGAGAUUAUCUGUCAGAAAUUGAAGGAGCCCAUUCAAAAGAGUGUCUACAAAGAUACUGCCAGAGAUAUCACUAAUGAAAUUAAAACAAACUGUGAAUCACUCAAUGGAAACAGAUCUAAACUUGAGAAACACAUCCUCAAGUGUCUGGCAGAACAGGAGAAUUUUGGCAAGUACAUUACAUACUUUAAUAAUCCAAGAGACCACUUAAAGAGUUUUGUCAGAGAUGAAGUCAGUCAGUACAUCACUGAUAAGUUUGAAAUGAGUGUUCGGCCCAAGAUGAAGGAGAAAAAUAAACUUCUCCACCAGAAGAUCAUGGAAGCGGUUCAUAGAGCGACUACACUGGUCAACACGACCAAUGGAGAUGUUCAGAAGUGGCUGAAUCAUUUCACACUGCAGCUCUCAGAUGUGCUGAUAUUCUCUGUAAAGGACCUCAGUGGCGUGAGCCAUGAAGGUGUUGAUGAUUUCAAACUUCUAGAAGAUGUGAUAAGUGUAGAGCUUGAUUCAGUAUCAUCAGAAAUGCAAGAUAAAUUCAGCACAAGGACAUUUCCAGUCAAUCUGGAACAGAAGGACAGACCAGAUGAUAUUCUGUUUGAUCACCUCGGUCAAUGCUGCUGGGUUCAGUGUCCCUUCUGUGCAGCCACAUGCACCAACACUGUAGAAAACCAUACCGGAGAUCACAGUGUUCCUUUCCAUCGAGUGAAUGGUCUCACUGGAUGCUGUUAUGAAGGGACAGAGUGUCUCAGUGCAGAUUUUUGCACAUCUUUAGUGAGAACUGGUAAAAUGUUCUAUACAGGUCAGUGGUUUCCAUGCAAUGAAUACAGAAAAGCAGGAAAUGUUUAUGCAAAAUGGAGCAUCACCCCUGACUUCUCUGAACUGUGUUACUGGAAGUGGUUUGUCUACAGAUUUCACGAAGAUGUACAAGAAUACUUUGGGAAAACAUUCCACAGGUGGUUUGAGAUUUCAUAUGAAUGGAGAAAGUACUCAAAAGUCCAAGCUAUUGCAAGUUUGGAUAAAUAUAUCUAAUGAAAGAUAUAUCACAUGUAGGUCUCUGAUUCAUAGACCACAGUUUGAAAUUUCUGUUUCACACAGGCAGUCUCUGAGAUGCAAUAUCGCAUAUAUCCCCCCCAUAUAUCGCAUAAGAGCUCCAAAGAGGUAAAAAACAAAACAAAAAACAAAUGCAAAUUUGCCCUGUAGCUCUGUGUCCUCCCAGUACAGUACAAUAUAUUCUUUGUGGUGGGACGAGAGCACAGGAUGGUGAUCAGUUUAAUAAGCACAUUUUUGUGUUAUCAUGUUUUUACUAUUUUUGCUUUUAAUAUGUAACCAUGUUGCACUGUAGUGGAUGAUACACUAUUCUUGUUAUUUCUAUUAUCUUCAUUAAAUGGGAACCUAACCCAAAGAGA